UAACUUCCUGUUAAACAAGCAAGGCAAAAGUAAUAGACUGCCCUUUGUCAAAUGAACUAGUUUUCAACUGUCAUGUUGCUUCAAAGCUUUCAGAUUCUUCUUUCACAAUUAUUCUGCCUCAAAGAAUUCAUCUAAGAACAGCUGCACGUAGCUCAUGUUAAUGCUUGAGUUUUGAAACAAUAUGACAACAGAGGUGAAUGACUGGACACUCAUCAUUUUAAAGAAAUGGUCACUUCGUGAAACAACAUUAAUUUACAUUGUUAGGUGAUAAUCUAGUGCCUUGAAAUAUUCUCCAAAGUUUUAAACUCAUUCAGACUCAAUAAUGGAGGGGGACAACAGAAGGCUCCAAGCCACAAAUUUUGAGCAUAAACUGGAACAGCGUGCUGUGAAGCACAGAGAGAUCAGCGAUCGGAGCAACAUGACAUGUUGCCGUAGUCCCACAAGAGAUCUGGACACAAGGUGGAUUAGAAAUGAACUGCAUCGCAAAAGACAGUUUGAGUUUUCAAAGAGAAGACCUGUGGACCAUGGCACAUAUGCACUGUUAUCUUCAGUGCCAAGGCACAAAUACUCCAGGGAAAUCCUGCAAGCACCAGAGCAUAUGACGCAAACCUCAACGUCAAUUAGACGACUCUUGAUAACAAGUCAAAACGCAAAGCUCCAGAGAGAUGGCAUAAACUCUGCAAAGCAGACAGACUUCACAUCUUCACUGAAUAAUGAAAAUUAUCCUGGGCAGAAAUCAGAGGGGGAUGCACCAGACUUAAAUUGUGGUUGGAUUAAAAGGAAUGUGAAAAAAAAGAGAGUUCUGCCACAAGAUAUUAGUCAGCUCUCAAACAGUCAUAAGACAUUACAAACUACUGGCUUGCAGACUGAGUUUGGAUUUGUCACUGUCAAAGAAGCAGAUAUACAACAGUUGGCUGAUUAUUUAGAGGAGGCCUUAUAUAGAGAAGAGGCUCUUAAAAAGAAGCUUGCUGGCCUUCAAAAGAGUGCUUCUACGUUACUGCACUCUACAGAGCUAAUGUGGAAGACUCGCUGUGAUGAGGACUUGCUGAAGAGCAAGAUCAAAGCUCUGGAGGCUCAGCUGCAUGUUUGCAUCAAGAAGGUUCCUCAGGAUGGAAUGAAAAAAGUAGCGCUAAAGAUGGAAAAACAGAGGGAGGAGUAUGAACAGAAAUCUCUGAAGGCUAUUCAGAGGGCAGAAAACGAAAAGGCAGAGGCUCAAAGCAAAAUGGAGUACCUCCAGGGGACGCUGCAGACAACCCAGGCAGAGUCAGAGCACAGGAAGAGGCUGUGUGAGGAGCUGAGAGAGGGUUCAAGCCAGCUCAAGAAGCAGCAAGACCAUAGCACUGAUCAGAUACUACAGUUACAUGGCACCUUAGAGCGCACUAUUGGACAUGAGGGGAUGCUCAGAAAGCAGACAGAAUCUCUUCAACAAGAGAAAGCAGAGCUUCAUUCCUGCCUUGCAGAACUGGAGGAAGAAAACUUCAGCCUGAGAGAACAUCUACAGAAAGUCACAGGAAACAACCAUGAGUGGUGGAAUAAUAACACACCACUCAUGCAUGAAGAAGCUUCAGUACUGGAUCAGCUCAUGAGGACAGAUAACAGUAUGGCCAAACACCUCAGAGAGACAGAACACAGACUCAGAGUGAAAGAAAAAGAGUGCAUGGAGCUGCAGGCAGAGAUUGAGGUCCUGGAGCAGGAGUGUUAUGGCUAUCGGUCUCGAUUGACCCAGUGUCGGGAAGAACUGAAUAUACGGACCACACGCCUAAACAGAACCAGGAGGGGAUGCUGUUGGUCUUGGCUUUGUAUGAGCUUUUUCUUACUGCUAAUGAUGGUUUUGGUGGUGGCAGGCCUAUGGUUGUACCAUCCACCUGCCAGGGAGCAGCUAUGCCAGUUUUACUCUCUCUUGGAACAGUGUAUGGAGGACUACAUGAUACAAGCAGCAUCAGCACAGUGUGGGACCUGUGUUAGACCUGUCUGACAA